CUGAAUGCUGCGUUAUAAAGAAGACUCUGUCUGUUCCCGUAAUGGAGCUGUAUUUGGUGUGCAUGAGGACUUCUCCGUGUAAUCUCACUGCUUUAGAUGUGUUACUGUGAGGAGAGACUAUGUGUUCUUCAGGAUGGGUGCGAACAAUGGCAAACAGUGUGGAAGUGAAGGCAAGGGUAGCUCCAGUAUCUCCUCCGAUGUGAGCUCCAGCACUGAUCAUACGCCCACCAAAGCUCCCAAGAAUGUGGCUACCAGUGAAGAUUCGGACCUGAGCAUGAGGACGCUCAGCACUCCCAGUCCCGCUCUCAUUCUGAAGUCAAACCCUCCUCAAACAGUCCCAAACGGCCAUGAAACGUCUUCCACGGCCUGUACCGUCACUGGCGAAACAGUGGCGCUGGUUCACCCGCCUCCAGGCUCUCGCUCACGGCCUUCCAGAGCUCCUCCCGCCGCCCUCAUCGAUACCCUGCCCGACCCCGUUUUAUUACAGGUCCUGUCUUACCUGUGCACCCCUCAGCUGUGCCGCUGCGCUCGAGUGAGUCGCCGCUGGUAUAACCUGGCCUGGGACCCGCGGCUCUGGAGCACCAUCCGUCUGACCGGAGAGCUGCUGAGCGCUGACCGAGCCCUCAAAGUGCUCACCCAUCGCUUGUGUCAGGACACUCCCAACGUCUGUCUGACCCUGGAGACUGUGGUGGCCAGCGGCUGCCGGAGGCUGUCUGAUCGAGGGCUGCGUGUGCUCGCUCAGUGCUGUCCAGAACUGCGGCGUUUGGAGGUUGCAGGCUGCUAUAAUGUGUCUAACGAAGCAGUGUUUGAUGUGGUAUCCCAGUGUCCCAAUCUGGAACAUCUAGACGUAUCAGGCUGCCCUAAAGUGACCUGUAUCAGCCUGACGGAGGAGGCGUCUCUACAGCUCACACCUCUUCAUGGACAGCAGAUCGGCCUGCAGUACCUGGACAUGACAGACUGUGUAUCACUGGAGGACGAAGGCUUGAGAACCAUUGCAUUUCAUUGUCCGCGUCUCACACACCUAUACCUGCGGCGCUGCAGCUGGCUAACAGAUGAGGCCCUGCGACAGCUAGCACUGCACUGCACCGCUCUACGUGAGCUUAGCCUCAGCGACUGCCGUCUGAUUGGAGACUUUGGCUUACGUGAGGUCGCUCGCCUCGAGGGCCGUCUACGCUAUCUGAGCGUGGCGCAUUGUAUGCGCAUAACAGACGUUGGACUGCGUUAUGUAGCACGCUACUGUCCGCGGCUCCGCUACCUGAAUGCGCGGGGAUGCGAGGGGCUAACAGACCAGGGUUUGAGCCACUUAGCUCGCAACUGCUCCCGAUUGCGGUCUGUAGAUGUUGGACGCUGUCCACUGGUGUCUGACACUGGGCUGGAGGUGUUAGCACGUUGUUGUGAAGGGCUACGAAGGCUGAGUCUGAGGGGCUGCGAGAGUUUGACAGGGAGAGGGCUCAUGGCGCUAGCAGUGGGAUGUCCCGAGCUGCAGUUACUAAACGUACAGGAGUGUGAGGUGCCACCUGAGGCACUUCGACUGGUCCGACAGCACUGCAGACGCUGUAUAAUCGAACACACCAUACCUGCUUUCUACUGA